UAGUACUAAACAAUGCUUCAAAAAUAAGCUUCCGACAACAAUGUAUAUGUUUGGUUCCGGCAAUCAAUGAUCCUAUGCGACAAUGAUCAUUUCAUAACAUCAUCUUUUGAAUACCGACAAAGAUGGCAGAUACUAAAACUCCAUCUCCUCCAAGGACUUCGGCUCCUGAUCUCGAAAUCCUAGGUGAUCAAGUAACAUUACAUCCUAGUGGUUAUAUCGAACCUCCGGAAAGACCUCACGAUGGCGAGAAAGAAAGGAACCUAGUGGAGCAUAUGGCCAGAUUUAGGUCAAGUCCUUUGGAGUUUUUAAGAGAGGUUUCUUUGCAUGUUUCAGGAGUAAGUACUCUCAUCAAUUGAAAUGCGUUGUCCAUUGCUAACCUCCGGCAUUCUUCUAGACAGGAUGGCGUGCCUACGAUCAUUUCAUCGGACAACCUAUAUUCUAUCCUGGAUUUUCGGAAAAUAUGACAGCUGCCGUUAUGUCUACGCCUAUAUUACAAAAACGAAUAACUGAAUUGGCGGAGAAAAGGAUAGAAAUUGAGGAACUGGAAGGGUUAUUGAAUAAAGAUGAUCCAUCAUACCAUACGAAAAGAUCACAGAGGAAGUCAGCCAUUGAACAUAGUUUGCAGGAGCUUUCGGAAAAGUUGACAAGUGAUAUGAUAUGCAAGAUGGAGAGUAGGCCAUUCAUUAGAGGAGCUUAUUACCUGUGCACGCAACUCUUAACUAGAGCAUAUCACCAAGGUAAGCAUUGCGGUAAUGAUCUGACGUAAAUCCCUACUAAUAACUAUGUAGGUAUACAUGUGUCUAGUGAGGAAGUUCUCAGAUUACGAAAUGUUGCUGAAAAAGCACAAAAGGAUAAAACAUCCAUCAUCUUCCUUCCAUGUCAUAGAUCUCAUGUAGACUAUGUUUCUUUACAAUUAAUAUGCUAUCGCCUUGGUAUAGCUUUACCAACAGUCGUGGCUGGUGAUAAUUUGAAUUUCCCUGUAGUAGGGAGCUUUUUACAACAUGCAGGUUAGUCAAAAUCCUACAAUAGUCUUAACAUAUAUUGAUUUUAUAGGCGCUAUGUGGAUAAGAAGAAGUUUUGGAGACGAUGCAUUGUAUACAACUCUUGUACAAUCGUAUAUAGAUACCCUCCUCCAAGGCGGUUAUAAUUUCGAGUGCUUCAUCGAAGGUGGAAGAUCAAGAACUGGCAAAUUAUUACCACCCAAGUUUGGUAUUUUGAGCUUUAUCUUGGAUAGUAUCCUUUCUGGUCGAGUCAAAGAUACUAUUAUCUGCCCCGUCAGCACUCAGUAUGAUAAGGUCAUCGAAACCGAAGGUUAUGUGGGGGAAUUGCUUGGAAUUCCAAAGAAAAAGGAGAAUUUGGCAGAUUUUCUCUCAGCAUCAUCAGUUCUAUCUUUAAAGUUAGGUCGCGUGGAUGUUCGAUUUCAUGAACCUUGGAGCCUACGAGAUUUUAUCUUACAACAACAAGCUCGAUCGUCAGGGGUGCCAAAAACGCUUGACUUUGAGAGCAUCAAUGUCCCUAGUGUUCGACAAAAGUUACUGAGAACGUUGGGUUACAAAGUUCUAUCCGAUAUCAACGCAGUCUCAGUUGUCAUGCCUACUGCCUUGGUUGGAACAGUUCUAUUGACUUUGAGAGGCCGUGGUGUUGGUAAAUCAGAACUUAUACGCCGAGUCGAAUGGAUUAGUGAACGAGUUAGAAAUAAGGGAGGGCGCGUGGCUCAUUUCGCUGGUGCCACUACAUCUGCAGUAGUUGAGCGAGCUCUUGAGGUUCUUGGUAAAGAUCUUGUAGGAAGGGUUGAUGGCUUGGCAGAAGAAACAUACUAUGCUGUUGACCGAUUCCAAUUAUCUUUCUAUCGAAACAUGACAAUACAUCUAUUCAUAUCUGAAGCACUAGUUAGUGCCAGUAUGUAUAUGAAUGUAAAACGUGGAGGAGGAAAAGUUCACCAAAACAUAUCAUACGAAGAACUUCGAAACCAGGUUCAAUUCCUCUCACAACUCUUUCGAGGUGAAUUUAUCUAUCCGACGGAAGGAUUGGCCGUUAAUCUAGACAACACUCUACACGAUCUGGAAGUCGAUAAUAUCAUUGAACUUGACCGGGAUCCAGAAGGGAAGAUUCUGACUAUUGGUAUAUCUGACCACGAACGUUCGGUUGGACGUGAAAAUUACGAUUUUUACUGCUUCUUGAUUUGGCCAUUCGUCGAAGCAUUUUGGCUUGGUGCUGUUUCUCUCAUGGGCUUUACACCACCUCCAAACAAGCCAGAUGAUGUUUGGCUGGAAGUCAAGAAAGCUCAUGAUGGAUCCCAACUAGUGAGUUCCUCCUUAUCAAUGCAACCCAUGAUUGCCUUGCUAACAAAAUCAAGCUUGGAAAAACUCUUUAUCACCAAGGUGAUUUAUCCUACUUCGAAGCCGUCAAUAAGGAAACACUUAAGAAUGCAUACCAACGAUUCGAAGAUGAAGGUAUUGUAAUAGUAUCUAAGAGUAAGAUCACAAAGGUCCAGCCACGAGCUCGACUUGCUCCCGAAUGGACACCAAACCGAAGCCCAGAGACCGGCAUGAUUACGCCAGAAGGGAAGUUGUGGGAUUUUAUUGAAAAGAUUGCAAAGUCAAGGAGGGAAGGAAAGAAUAGGCGAGACGGAGCAACUGUAUCAACAAGAGUUUUAAGACUUGCAGAUGAAUUGGGUCAGAAAUUAUUUGCUGAAGGAUCCGGGAAGAUAGGGAUGUCUGAGGAGGAUAAGAAAGAAUUACUAAGAAGGGAGAAGAGAAGACAAGCUUUGAAAGCUAGAGCACAUUUGUGAUAUAUGUUUGGGUGUAUUGUACUUGAUACCAGGGAUUUAAUUGAGAAAUUUAUAGGAUACCAUUGAUCUUCUUGAUGCUCUAUGUUAUGAUACGUUCAGACAUCAAUGGGAAUUUAUUGCGCCUACGGCUGGGUCGUUUUCUCGUAUUGCCACCGCCU